CUUAUUAAUUGACUAGUCGUGAUUAGCUAUAACCUUUUCAGGCGUCCCUCGCCUCUAGCCCGAACCCGUGGAUCUUGUAUAGGAAACCGUGCGGCUCCAACUUCAUGGUAUUAUCCCGGAUUGCCAAUCCCAGUUUCGCCCUGCCGAGCCGGUAUAUACCGGAUUUCCACGACCAAACGAGGAACCCACCGCAUCAACUGGGCGGAAAGCUGAAGAGAACGUGCAUAAGAGGGGUUGACGAUAAGUGUCGACCAAUUAGAAGAGUCGCAAUACACACGUUUUCCCGUGCGAAAUACCUCGAGGCUUAAAGUAGUACCACCCCGCGUGCUCAUAACCGCGAUGAUUUAUUGGAGCGUUCUUUUUCUUACAGCGCAGCAAUAGUUGAAUUGACCUUCCGUUCUGGUUCUUGGGGUUUGUUGAAAUGGUCGUAUUUGAUUUGGAUAUCGUGUUAUUGGACGUUGGAUGCUGCGUCGUCAUGCUACCCACUUACUUACUUGUCAAAGUAUGGCUUGGUUGUAUUGUAGGUAAGGUAAGGGUAUACCAACUGGCUAGCUCGCGAGAAUGGGUAUAAAUGAGCACAUAUAUAAGUAGUAUUAUAUAACUUAGUCGAUAUGAGUGUUUAAACGGUGUGCUAUCAGGUCUGGGCUUAUUUCAUAUCAUUAAUUUAUAACCAUGAAACUCACCUUAGCAGUCCUUGGUCUCGCGACCGAGUUCCUGGCUCCAUUGGUAGCUGCCUCAUUUAAUGGUAACCUGAACUACGCAAGCCCUUCUCGUCGUCACUCUGGCCUUGGGAUCGACGUUCCUCACGUAUCUAGGCGCAGUCUAAAGCGCGGCAAUGUUGUAUAUGCAGCGGAAGAGCUGAACUUCACGCACGGCGUGGCGUCGGGGGAUCCAUACCCAAACAGUGUGAUCCUAUGGACCCGAGUCGCGCCAUCGUUAGAAUCGGACACAAGCAAUAUCACAGUAGAGGGACCGGUGCCGCUAUAUAAUCAUGAUACCCAGACGUACAUCAACGCAGAUCCUAGCCCGAUAUGUGUCGAGUGGAAGGUUCUUGCAAACGGCAGUGAGGAUGUGGUAUCUAGCGGCGAGGCGUAUACGACGAGUGAUAUAGAUUAUACCAUUAAGGUUGAGGCUACGGGCUUACAGCCGUUCACCACUUACAAUUACCAGUUCACAGUUUGCGGAUCGAAUAACACAAGCCCUGUUGGGCGGACGAAGACUGCCCCCGAAACUGAUGUAGACGUGCCGGAACUGAAAUUUGCCGUUUUCUCUUGCAGUAACUAUCCGAACGGCUACUUCAACGCUUAUGGUAAUGCCGCGCGUAAGGACGAGCAAGACUAUUUCAUUCAUUUAGGAGAUUAUAUCUACGAGGGGAGCGCAGGGGGUGAGCGAGCCCACGAUCCGCCAAAAUAUCUGUUCAGUCUGCACGAUUACAGAACUCGCCAUGGCCAGUACCGUACCGAUCCGGAUCUUCGGCUUGCCUCUCAGAAUUUCGCCUGGAUUUCGACUUGGGAUGAUCAUGAAGUCUCAGACAAUGGAUAUAGAGACGGAGCGAGCGCUCUCAAUAACACCGAAGAGUCUUUCCUGAAUGAUGGCCGUGUCAGCGUCGACCAACGGAAAAUGAAUGCUGUGAGAGCGUAUUUUGAGUGGAUGCCUAUUCGCCAGGUAGACCUUGAUGAUAACCUGAGAGUAUGGAGAAAUUUCCAGAUGGGUAACCUUCUUGACUUGAUCGUCCUUGAUACUCGUAAUUACGACCGAAGCAUCACAUCACUGAAUUGGAACGAUGACUACAUCGACCUUAUCCGCAACGAUGCCUCACGGUCGCUAAUGGGCUCGCACCAAGAGCAUUGGUUUUAUAAUCAGCUAUCAAACUCUUCUGAACGAGGCGCGACUUGGCGCAUUAUUGGCAACCAGAUCGUCUUCUCAUACAUAACUGAAUCUUAUGGCUUGAGUGGCGAUAACUGGAAUGGGUACAUCGCAAAUCGAAACCGCACGUUGAAGCACCUUUACGACAACAAUAUCACCAACACCAUAUUCCUUGCUGGCGACAGCCACCAAAACUGGGUAUCCGACCUCGUUUGGUUGGACGAGAAGUCAUAUGAUCCAGAGACAGGAGAAGGUUCCGUGGGCGUUGAGUUCGCCGGAACGGCCGUUAGCUCCACGGGAUACAAUGGACUCAUUGCUCCCGCACGGGCCGAGGCGCAGAACCGCGUGGGAAAUAACACGGAGCUUCAAUGGCAAGAUGGGUACUACCGAGGGUACUUCCUGCUUUCGGUAACCCCUGAGAAGCUCGAGGCGCGAUACUAUGGCUCGCCUAGUGUUGCAUCUAGGAAUUCGUGGGAUUUGCCAUUGGCAAAUUUCACGGUUUUGGCCAGUGAGGGUAGGCUUUCUCGCCCGGUUGCUGGGGGCUCUGUCGAGGCUGGUUAUUUGAGAGGAGGCAAGACCAAUCCCACGAAUCUCACGCUCAAUACUGAUACUUUUGAAUGGGAUAUUGUCGGAUAUGACCAAAUGUAUAUCGACACCAGCAAAUGAAAUAACAAACAGGUCGAUUGAAUUGCAGGGUAAAUGUGGGUUAGUUAUUCUAUAGUUGCCUAGGUGACUUGACAGUACGAAUGAAUUGUAAAGCUCAUGAUGGGGAGCUGUCUCAGUCGAUUAAUACCAAAGUUUCUGCUGUAAACAAGAACGUGAAAGCAGAAGAAGAAAAAAAGAUAAAGUACGGCU